CAUUCCACUCUUUCUUGGCCAAAGAAUAUGCAAAUACUUCAAGCCCCUCUUUUCUUUUCUUUCCCUAAACCCUUAAACCUUUCUUCCCCAAAACCCUUAUCUCUUAAUCCCACAGCUUCCAUUGCUUUCCUCUGUUCUUCAAAACCCAUUUCCCCAGGGAUUUUCCUACCCCAAAAUCCUUCAGCUCCGAUGAAUUCCCCGUCGACGAACCUUCCUCGAGAACUUCGGCCCCAAAGACAAAGAAACCGAAGACGAAGCCCGUCGCCGGAACUGGAUCGAACGAGGAUGGGCCCCUUGGGAAGAAAUCUUAACCCCGGAAGCUGAUUUCGCUAGGAAGUCACUCAACGAAGGUGAAGAGGUCCCUCUCCAAACCCCUGAAGCCGUCGAGGCUUUUAAGAUGCUAAAGCCUUCGUACAGGCUUAAAAAGAUGAAAGAAAUGGGAAUUACAGAGGAUGAGUGGUAUCGGAAGCAGUUUGAGAUUAAAGGAGAUAUUCCAGACCCUUUGGAGACGUUGUGGGCGGGUCCAUUGGCGUUGAGACUCGUGCCUCCACGAGAUUGGCCACCCAGGGGAUGGGAAGCGGACAGAGAAGAGUUGGAGUUUAUAAGGGAAGCGCAUAAAUUACAGGCCAUAAGAGUGGAUUUGGAGAAAGUGGAGAAAGAGGUGAUAACUGGGAAGCAGACAUGGGUUGAGAGAUAUAAAGCGUUUUUGAAACAAUAUAAAGAGUGGGUUGAUUCUAAUAAGGAUAGAUUGGAAGAGGAGUCUUAUAAGUAUGACCAAGAUUACUAUCCUGGUAGGAGGAAAAGAGGGAAGGAUUACAAAGACGAAAUGUUAGAGCUUCCAUUUUAUUAUCCAGGCCAGAUCUGUGAAGGAAAAGUGACUACCUUACACCUAUAUCAAGGAGCAUUUGUCGACAUAGGCGGUGUACAUGAAGGGUGGGUCCCAAUUAAAGGUAAUGAUUGGUAUUGGAUCCGCCAUCAUAUAAAAGUUGGUAUGCAUGUUAUUGUUGAAAUUUUGGCCAAACGAGAUCCUUACCGGUUCAGGUUUCCGAUUGAAAUGCGUUUUGUCCAUCCUAACAUAGACCAUCUGAUAUUUAAUAGAUUCGAUUUUCCACCUAUAUUUCACCGCGAUGAGGAUACUAAUCCAGAUGAGUUACGGCGUGAUUGUGGAAGACCUCCUGUUCCUAGGAAAGAUCCAGGAAGUAAACCUGAAGAUGAGCCAUUGUUGUCAAAUCACCCUUAUGUUGACAAGUUGUGGCAGAUUCAUGUCGCUGAGCAAAUGAUUUUGGAUGAUUUGGAGGCAAAUCCAGAGAAGUACAAAGGUAAAAAGCUAUCGGAACUAACUGAUGACGAUGACUAUGAUGAAGAAAACAACGUAGAAUACGCCAAAGUUCGCUACAAGAAAGGUCUUUUACCGAAAAUGAUUGCGAAAACUAGUGUUAAAGAACUCGAUUUGGACGCCGCCUUAGCUGAGCGCGAGCUCCACAAUAAACUUCGAAGCGAAGCGAAAGAAAGAGGAGAGGAAUAUAAAAUCAGCAAAUUCAGGAGAAAUAUUGAGAUGGAUGAAUAUGAUUAUAUACAUUGGCGUCGCUCAUUCGAGGAAAGAGAAGCUUUAAUCAGAGACAUCAGCUGCCGUCAAGCUCUUGGUUUGCCGUUGGAAGAGCCAGGAAGAUAUAAAGAGGCGAGUUAUUUCGGGAAGGAUCAGUACGAUCCUUCAAAUGCCUUGUAUCGAUAUGACUACUGGGGAGAACCGAAGAACUCGGAAAAGAGUAAACAAGAGCGGAUGACCGAUGCUCACAACAAAUCUAUUGGGAAAGGCACCGUAUGGUACGAUAUGUCUUACGAUGAUGCCAUCAAGCAGAAAAUGCAAAGAGAUGCCAAUUCAACAGGAACGAUGCAAAUGGAGGGUGAUGAAGAUGAAAAGAGAGGGCAAAGAAGUGAUUCUGAGCUGAGUCUGACUCGGAUGAUGAUUUUGAUUUAAGCAUUCUGAGUGAUUCCAGUUUUGAACUCCCAAACCAACCCCUUGUUAAUGGGACUGAAUCUUCUAGCAUAUCAGAUGAGGGAAUGUUUGAGGACUAAU